AGCAUGGCUAAUCCUAAUGGGAGUAAGAGAAUUCAUAUUCCAACUACAGUUCAUCCUAAUGAGAUUUUUGCAAGAAAUAAUUCUGUUACAAAAGUUAGUGGAGGUUCGAGCAGAAUGUCGAGACUGAGUGUAGCUGCUAGUAGGGAUUCAAGAGGAAAUUUGAAUGAAACUGGCAGGCAACUUAAUCAGACAGUUGAUUUUAGAAACUCUAGGUUAAAAUCAAAUAGAGCAGAUAGAAGUUCGACCAGAUAUAGAAACAAACCACAAGAUCUAAAUCAUUAUCAACCCACAGCAACUCAAAACUACAGAGACUUAUCUCAUAGAAGUGAGCGGAAAUCACGAAGAAGCCAAAUUUCUGCCACUCUAAGUCGUCCUAGAGCUAGUAGGAGAAAUGCUACCAUCCUAUCAGCAUCAGUAGAUGGUUUUAGACAAAAUAGUAACGAAAAACUUGUUCCUAACUCAAAAAGACACCUCCCAAUAAACGUUAGAAACGGUGUUUUUGAUGAAUGGGCUGCUAUAGUUAAACACCAAGAUGAAAUAGAUAGAGAAAUCAAACGCUUACAGGACCAAAAAUAAAAGAGAAAGACAACUGAAAUACCGUAAAGACCUUGACCAACAAAAUUCCGAAUUCCAAUCUCGUAAGAAAGGUGCUCUUAACGAGGAACAACGACGACUCGAAGAGAUUGUCAACCUAAACAUCCAACGACAAAAAGAAAAGGAUGAAAAAGAGGAAAAAUUGAAGAAAGAAAAGCUAGAAACCCUUAAAAACGACACACUCACCAGCAUCCAAGAACAGAAGGAACUCAAAAGGUAUGAAGAACAGAUGAAGAAGUACCAAACUGAACUUCUGAAGAAGAAAGCUUACGACGAGGACAGAAUCUUUUCUAAAAAUAAAAAGUUUGCAAGAGUUUCAAAGAUUGAGCAAGAGAGCCAGUACCGUAAAUUCCUUUCCCAGCAAGUCGCUGAGAAGCAAAAGAUCUUCCAACAAAAUGUGAAGAAAGAUGCGGAAUUUGGCCUCCUCGAAAGACGCAAGCUGGAGAAGGAAGACCAAAACAGAAGAGAUUUCUUUAAUAAUAUAAAGGAAAUUCAGCUGAAGAAGGAAAAGGCACAAAAUUUAGCAGAGUUUAUCUCUCAGGACCCUGUCUCGCUUAAAAUGAAACGUGAUGAAGAUACUUAUAUCAGGAAUAUAGAAAUAGAGAAUGAGAAAGCUCUUAAAAGGGAAAAUGGUGAAAGAAACAAACGCAAGCUUGAAAAUUUGAGAAAUACUCAGAUUUUGAAUUCCCAGAUUAAGGAGAAAGAAGCUCAAAGAAGAGCACUUCAGCAGGAAGCUGCUAGAAUUGCUGAGAGUAUGGCCCAGGAAGCUAAAAAUCAAGCUGAAUAUCAGAAGAAGUUGGAGGAGCAAGCAAAGAUGAUGAAAUAUAAAUGCUUCAAGGACCUCAAAGAGCAAGUUCGAGAAAAUAAUGAAAAGAAAGCUUUCUCUCAGUUAAUGACUGAUCAUGAGAAAAAGGUGAAUUCUGAAGACAUGAAUGCUUUCCAGAAUUAUGAUAACAGGACGCUCUACGCUCUAGUUCCUGGUUAUGACUCCUAUAACAAACAAGAAGAUUAUAUUGACAAAUCAAUGAAGCUUGAAAACUUAGAACAAGUUCGUAUCGGGAAGAAGUCUGGGUCUAACUUCAAUCCUCACCGAAGCCAGGAGUUAAAGAAAAGAUCUGGAAAUCCUCCUGUUUCUGUUCAGCCUCUUUCAAAUAUAGAGAUCCUAAAUAAUAAGGAUGAGGAUGGUUCUGUCAGAAGGAUUGAUGUGAAGAAGUUUGUCCCUAAAGUUGUCAAAAAGAUGUCUUAUGCUGAAAGCAAGAAGUAUCGUGCAAACACCUUGAACAAUUCUUAUGGAGGUUUAGAAGUAAAAUAAAUUCA